AUGGAAUGGUCUCCAAACUCGGCUCAGAAUGCAUAUCUUGAUACCCUUAAACUGUGCAGUAAACAUGAAGAACAGUGCGAGUCGAGUCAAACAGCAGAACCGGAGAGCAGGGAGUUCAUAUCGGCCUUAGCAGCAGGCAUGAACGCCAAGCGCAUUGUGGAGGUGACAGCAGAGGCUUCCCCCUCCACAAUAGCUCUAGCGGCAGCAGCCCGACAAACCGGAGGGAAGCUGGUGUGCAUUGUUCCAGAGCCAAGUCUAGACGAAUCCCAGAAGGUGAUCGACGACACAGGGCUGAACGAGAUGGUGGAGUUCAAGACGGGGGACCCUGUUGAGAUACUGCCAAGCUGCGAGAACAUCGACUUCUUUCUCGUCGACUGCAAGGCCGACAACUACACGGAUUUGCUGGAGCUGGUGGACGUGAAUCCCAGAAGAUCGGUGGUGGUGGCAGACAACCUGGUGGAGGGGAGACGAGGGCUGGGAGGGCACAUGAAGGGAAUCGAAAACGAAGGCACAGUCAGGUCCACCAAGCAUCCCAUAGGGAAGGGAAUGGAGGUGACCAUGAUUGAGGGGAGCGACGUCGAGCCCCUCAAGUGGCAACAUCAUCAUCAUCAUCAUCCCCCCAGUAGAGCAGCCCAUGCUAGACCUAAUAAGGCUGCUUCCAGGAAUAAUAGGACCCGUAAGAGCCGUUGGGUUAAGAAGGUUGAUGAGAACAGUGGGGAAGAACACAUUUACAGGAUGCCUGAAUCUCAAUAG